AAACGACACAAAGGAGAAACGGGGAGGAAGAAGUCAGGAAGCCGCUUGUGACAGCCGCGUCAACGAAGACCAAAUAAUAAUAAUAAUAAAUAAAACAACAAAGGCUUCAAGAGCUUGAACUCUUGCCUCUUUUUUUUUAGUUAUAGACACAGAGUCUUUAAACAUCUGCCGACAUGUCGAAGAACACAGUUUCCGCCCGCUUCAGGCGAGUGGACGUGGACGAGUACGACGAGAACAAAUUUGUGGACGAGGAGGACGGUGGGGAAAACCAGCUGGGUCCCGACGAGACAGAGGUGGACUCCCUCAUCAGGCAAGGAAAUCUCACGGAGGCUUUACAUGCGGUUCUGAAGAACCCACCGAUCAACACAAAGAACCAGAACGUUAAGGAUCGCGCCGAGGGUCUGGUGCUGAAGGUGCUCAGCGCCUUCAAGAGCAGUGACAUCGAGAAGGCCGUGCAGUCGCUCGACAAGAACGGCGUCGACCUGCUCAUGAAGUACAUCUACAAAGGAUUCGAGCGGCCGUCGGAAAACAGCAGCGCGGUCCUGCUGCAGUGGCACGAAAGGGCUCUGGCAGCUGGAGGAGUGGGCAGCAUCGUCAGGGUGCUAACGGCGAGGAAGACGGUGUAAAGGACGAGCGGAGGAGCAGUUCACUUCACAUCACUGACGGACGCGGGAGGGCACACGUAACACGUUCACGUAACAGAUGGAAUUGGGAUGAAAAGGAAAAACAUUUUUAACCGAAUGAGUUCCCUGUGUGUCGAGACUAAAAAAGUAAAAUAAAAAUACAUUCUGGAUCAUAUUAGGUUAAAAAAAAAAGUGCACAUGAUCAUAAUUUAAGUCAUCUCCAGGUAUCUUUACACUUCAUGUGUCUCUCAUCUCAGUCCGUACACAAAAACAAAACUCGUUCCUCCUCCACGAUAUAAUUCAAGUCAAAUUAUUCACCUGGAACAAGUGAGGAGGUCAGUGAAUAGACCCUUAGUUUUAAUAUUUAAGUUUGGGUACCACUGCUGCACACACACAAAACUUCUAGUGACGCAUCUGACAAACACACAGGAGGUUUUUAUUUUCCAUCAUGUUACGUCGAGACUUGGUGAUGGAAUAAAAGCUUCCAGUAAAUCCUCUCACUGUAACACUUCAGCGGUCUCCUGAAAAGCACAGUCACAGAUGGAGGGUGGUCACCAUUCAACUAGAGGACGGGGGAGGAGGUUUGUGCCAUCCAUCCAUCCAUCUAUCUAUCCAUCCAUCCAUCCGCCUAUCCACGCGUCCGUCCUUUCACACUGCCCCAGAUAAGGAUUAUUACCCACGAUGCAUCUCCACCACCACUCUUAUUAAUCCCACUCACGUCCUCCCUCUGCUACUGACCACGCUGUUACGUGGCUCUGCUGCAUUUUAGAAAAAAAAAGAAAACACUUGUAUUAUGUGCUCAGAUAUUUUUUUUUUAACUAUUUAACAAAAAAAAAAAAAAUCUAGGAUUAAAUGUUAUUCUCUGUCCCUUAAACCCCACUCACUCAGAAUUUACAGCAGCGCUCACAGGUUUGACUGCACCGACAGUUUAAUUAAUCAGAAACAUUUCUGAGAGUGUAAGCAUUUUACUGGAGUGUUUCAUACCUGUCUUUUGUACUUGUUUUUUUUUUUUUUUUUGUGUGUGUGUGUGUUUUAAAUUUGAAUUUAAAUCCACGCCAUACAGGGUGUUACUUAUUCUAGACGUACAGUACGUUUACUGUCACGUUAUCUGACUGAAAGUUGACGAUCCCAUACGUUUUAUAUAAUGAGUGGAAGUGUUAAAUAUUUUAUCUGCCUUAACGGGUAGAUAACGUCUGUUGCCAAAUGAUUUAUUUGCUUUUGUGGUAAUAAUAAUAAUAAUAAUAAUAAUAAUGAUAAUAAUAUAACAUACAUUGGUGAUUCAGUGGAGAUUGUCUUAGAAAGUGUUGAUUUAUGACUAUAUAUAAAAAACAGCUUUUUCUUUAGUUCUUUCUCAUUUUUAAAUUCAAGAAUUUCUUCUUACAAGGCGCCACAGUUGUGUUUUUAUCGGACUUGUUACUAACCAGUGAGUAAUUCAAACAUGUGUGGUCAUGUUUGCGCACCGUCACCGGUGAUGAUGCAUCCAGACAUUAGAAACCUCUUCUAAUGCCCUAAUGACUAGAUACACAUGAGAAGGACGGAGAUCUGUGUUUUAGUCGGAGAUGCCCCUCCCAGCCGAGGAGGGAACCGAACUGAUGUACAAACUGCCUUAUUCCUUUUUUUAAGUUUGUGCUUUUUUGAAGAACAAAUAAAUAAAUAAAUAAAU